AUGCGUGGUGCGACGUUCUCAGACUCUGGCGGGCCCGGGGAUGUUACUGACUAUGCCAAUUGUUUCAGGACGGUGCCGCUAACUACGCAAGCCUCCUUGUCUCAGAUCAACAAGAGGAGGCUGGAGUUCGGUGUGGAUGUAGAAACAUUUAGAACUAACGAUAGACGCCUGGAGCGCAUCAGUAGUGAGGGCUCCAUGGACGAAGAGGAAAUCCAUGGCAAGAGAAGACGACGGCUUCUAGAUGACGAGCGACGAGAAGAGCCCGAUGUGCGCCGGCGACCGUUACCUAUGCACCGGCCGCAGACCUUGCGGCAGCCUGAGGAAGAUGACGAAACACUCAUCCGCGAGACGCAAGCCGCGCUAAGAACCCUCUCAGGCAACUGGACCCGGGAACAACCCCAGUCGCAUAGCGGUGAUGAAAACGAAGAUGCCAACGGCUUUGAAAACCUUUUUGAUGAUAAACGUUCUGAAAAAAUACCGUCUUCCCCUUCACAGUCGUCCGACAUGUCACAAAAAAGCUUCUCGCGUCACCAGGCCCAGCACAUGAAUGGCAUUGGCAGUGACCACGAAACCAAAACUAACCUCAUAACAAUAGAAAUAGAAAAGUGUGAAGAUUACGAAAGACUAAGUAGACAGUCCACUCAGUAUGGUGCUCCAAAUUUCGAUGAGCUCGUCGAUUCGUCUUCCAACGAACUUGAAAUAGAUAUGUCAGAUAGAUGUGACGAUAAGUACGAUGACGACAGAGAUAUUAAGCCAAAACGAAAAGGUGAAAUGGUGUCUGUAAAUAAGCAGUCUUUGUAUAAUGCCUACAAGGCGGCGACGGCCGCGUUGCCGUAUUCCACGCAGUCAGCGUUCAAGCCGCCCGCUGAAGUGAAGCACAGGAUUCAUAACUCGUCGCUGCCAAGUGAACCUUUCGGAGGGUACUCGAACGAGCACGACAGGAAGGAGCACAAGGGCUCGAAGCAGUACACGGUGCUGCAGCCGGCGGGCGCGGGGUCGCGGGCCGCCACGGCGCUGCAGGAGGCGCGCGCCGUGCCCUCGGCGCAGCCGGCGCGCGACUCGCGCCCGGUCACCGCGCUCUCCCCGCCGGCACGAGAAGGCAACAAGUGUCCCACACCCGGGUGCAAUGGGCAGGGCCACGUCACCGGCCUAUACACUCACCACAGGAGUCUGUCAGGAUGUCCAAGAAAGGAUAAAGUCACUCCAGAGAUAUUGGCGUUGCACGAGACGAUAUUGAAGUGCCCCACCCCGGGGUGCAACGGGCGCGGCCACGUCAGCUCCAACCGAAGCACGCAUCGCUCCCUGUCGGGGUGCCCCACUGCCGCGGCGCGCAAAGCCGCUGCCAGGUCUCAGAGAGCCAGGCCCUCAGUGUCCCACAGUUCAAUAUCGCAGCCCCCCAUUGCGAUCAGCCAGGAGAGUGUAGCGAGUUCUUCGGGUAGCAUAUCCCGGGAUCGCGAGGCCUCGCCUCGCAGCCCCGCCGUGAAGCGAGAGGGCGAGCUGCUGGUGCCCAAGCGCGAGGCCGCCGAGCCCGAGCGCGACUCCCCCAGCAUGGAGACGCGCCAUGCCGGCUACGGCGCGCCGCCAGACCAGAGGUCCCCUUACGAGCGACCGCCCGAUGACCAUGUGCGGUCCUACAGUCAAAUGAAUGAGGCGCGGUACGGCUACGAGUCGCGGUGCUACGAGGGCGCCCCCGCCUUCGAGCGCUACGACCCCGCGCAGUGCCCCCAGAGGCCCUACGGCUGGGAGGAAGAGCGCUACCACGACCCGCACCUACCCACCCCCAUGAAAACUGACCAGUCUGAACAAGAAACCAGCUCCGGACCUAUAUAUCCUAGACCAAUGUACCACUACGAGGCUGGUAGCGGCGUGGGCGCCGUGGGUGCCGUGGCGGCGAUGGGCCCCGGCGUCCCGCCCGGGUUCUCCGCGAUCAACCUCUCGGUGAAGAUCGCCGCAGCGCAGGCGCAGCGACCGCGCAGCCCCACGCCGCGGGAUCCUCGUGAUCCUCGCCCCGCCAUAGAUCUUUCCACUUCUAGUGGUAGUCCACAGGGUCCAUACGCAUCUCCGGUGUACACAAGCGCCGGUGGUGGCAGCGGGGGCGGAGCGCGAGGCAGCCCGCAGCCGGGAGCUUCGCCUCAGCUCACAGCCAGCCCCCAGGUGCCCAGUCCGCAGGGCCAGACCCUCGACCUUAGCGUUUCCCGUUUACCACAUAGUCGAGGUUUCCCCGGCGGAGUGUCCUACAGUCGAGAAUCAACUCCCGACAGCGGCGGCAGCCAUCCAUACCUAGAAGCUUACCAUCGAGACACCGCCGGUUACGGCGGUGUCAGUCCACAUCCCGUGGCAGGCUACGGGCUCGCUCAGCCGGACUACGCCGCGGCGGCUGCGGCAGCCGGCUACGGGGGCUACCAGUACCAAUGCGGGGCCUACCCCCCGCCGCCCGCGUACCCCCCGCAUGCGCCACCCUACUCCCCGCCGUGCUACAUGCCGCCCCCUCACGCCCCGCACGACAAGCCUAAAGAUAGCAGUUUGUUUAUGUGCAGCCUGUCCGGUUGUCCGCGCGCCGACCGCUCCCAGCUCCAGCCGCAUUCCCAGGAGCUCAAGUGCCCCACGCCCGGCUGUGACGGCUCCGGGCACGUUACCGGCAACUACUCGUCACACCGCUCGCUGUCCGGCUGCCCUCGAGCCAACAAGCCCAAGAGCAAGCCCAGGGACGGACAGGACUCCGAGCCGCUCAGAUGCCCUAUACCGGGCUGUGAUGGAUCUGGACACGCUACAGGGAAAUUCUUGUCACAUCGAAGCGCAUCGGGGUGCCCUAUCGCGAACCGCAAUAAAAUGCGAGUGCUGGAAAGUGGUGGCACAGUGGAGCAACACAAGGCAGCUGUAGCGGCGGCCGCCUCGGCUAUCAAGUUCGACGGAGUCAACUGCCCGACGCCUGGUUGUGACGGAUCGGGACACAUCAACGGAUCCUUUCUAACGCACCGCUCGCUGUCUGGCUGCCCGGUGGCAGGCGCAGCGACGCCCACGCCGCAACCAAAGAAACCCAAAUAUCCGGACGAUAUCACACCAUUGUACCCAAAGCCAUAUACAGGGAUGGAGAUGAAUAUGCAGACGGGGAACGGCGAGGAUCUGAUGACCCUCGAGCAGGAGAUUACGGAACUGCAGCGAGAGAACGCGCGCGUAGAGUCGCAGAUGAUGCGGCUCAAAUCAGAUAUCAACGCUAUGGAGACACACCUUUCACAUGGAGAUAGGGAGAAUCAGACGUUAAUACAACGCAACAAUAAUCUGAAUGAAUACUACGAGAGCUUGCGGAACAACGUGAUCACUCUGCUGGAGCACGUGCGCAUCCCGGGCGGCGGCGCGGCGCCGGCGGGCGCGGGCCCGGCCGGGGCGCCGCCGCCGCCCGGCGCCGACAAGCCGGCGCACGACAACUUCGACUCGUACCUCACCAAGCUGCAGACGCUCUGCUCGCCCGACGGCUACUGCCCCGACGAGAACCGCCCCAUCUACGAGACCGUCAAAAACGCGCUCCAGGACUUCACAGUGCUCCCCACACCCAUUUAAGGUUCACAGAGCGCCGCCGAGUCGGAGCGACAGUGAACUUUACCAACUUGAGUGCCGUCGGCGGAGCUUAUAAGUGAUUCAGACUGUUUCAAUUUAGUACAAUUUAGUGUUCGUGGUAGUGCGGAUGCAGUUGCGGAGUAACUCACCAAAGAUAUUAGACAAAGACUAUGACUGCAUGAUAUUACGCGAGGGACUAAAAUAGUUUCGUGAUAUAUGUAACUGUACAGCGUGUCCCGACUGGGGCAUUCCGACAGGUAUAUGUGUUCUACUAAGUAUUAGGUAACGAUGUCUUUUUUGUAAACCGUUGUAUACGAUGUGUGACUUCUUUAUGACAUCACGUUGACACUCGAAGAUUCGUUCGACUUUUAAUCUGUAAGCUGGACUAUAGACAUAAAAUAAAUUUUAAACACUGUUACUCAUAUGCUUAAAAUUAAUGUAUUUGUUAGGUGAGAAAUUUAUACUAUUGUAUGUAUCUAAGCGAUUUUAGCCUCACGAACGCAUGAAAAUCAAUUGUGUAAAUAUUGUACCUACAUUCGGAUAUAAAUAAUUUAUCAUUUAACUUGCCGGCCGCCGAGCAGUGGUCCGUUUAGAGAAUGUAUAAUUUCAGAAGCAAACUCAGAUUUUUAUCAAGCAAAGAAUAAAAUAGCAAAUAAGGAAACUGUUAAUCUGUCUUAAAAGUUGAUAAUGCUGGGAAUGUGCCAAAUGCUUCAGAGUCACAGCAGCUCCCGAACGCUGACCUAUUAAGACUAAAGUAAUGAGAUAGAAAUAUAAACGAUGUAAACAAAAAUAAUGAACUCCUUAGAGGACUUUCUAGUCAGUUUGUAAAUAAAAUUGUGAAUAACGAUAGUUGUCGCGUCAUAGGGACGUUUUUAUUUGUAUUAGGAAAUAAUGAGAUCUCAUUAGAUCGUGUAAGUUAAUAAUUCAGUCACUAAUUGAUAAUCGAUUUUAGGGAUAAAUGAAUACCUACUUUCUUUGUUAGCCAAUGUUCACUUUGCUGUGAUUAUGUUACGUGUUACUUAUUUAUUGUUAACUUUACGGAAUAUGUGAUAGCUUAAUUAACUCAAGUUAAUGUUAAUUUGCAAUAAAUUUAGUUAAUGCGCUUUACACAAAACAUGUGCAAUUUUAUCGUAUUAGACACAAAUCUCGUUUUUGUUGAUUUAACUGAAAUAAAAACUCUUUAUUAUAAAACUUUUCUUUUGAUGGUAUCACAGUGGUACACAGGAAUUAUUAAUAUUCGCAUUUAAAUACUAAAACUUAUUACUAUGUUACUACUCUGAUUGUCAUAUACGUUUCUGUAAAAUAUUGAGUAUGUGUUGUUAAAGAGAAUAAAAAUAAUAAAUACCAAGAUUA